UCAAUGCAUUUUGUUAACUCAUUCGAUCGAGUGCACGUUGAAAGAAUUUGAAAGUGCUACCGUUCCGGCAGAAUUUCCAGAAUGCCAUCUUAUAAGAUCAACGUUAAGUGGGGGAAGGAGAAGUUCAAUGAUAUAAUAUGCAACACGGACGAGACUCCGGAGGUCCUGAAAGCCCAGAUGUUUGCCCUGUCUGGAGUGUACCCUCAGAGACAGAAGAUCAUGCUCAAAGGGCAAGUUCUCAAGGAUGAUAACUGGGGUAACUUCAAACUCAAAGAUGGUGUGACUCUGCUGAUGAUGGGUUCAGCUGAAGCCUUGCCAGAAGCCCCUCAGGAAAAGACUGUAUUCAUGGAAGAUAUGACAGAAGAAGAACUGGCCACAGCUAUGGAGUUGCCUUGCGGUCUAACCAACCUUGGUAAUACGUGCUACCUGAAUGCUACGUUACAGUGCCUCAGAAGUGUGCCAGACCUCAGAGAACAGCUCAGAUCGUAUCAAGGUGCAAUGAACAUGGCCAUCGCUGCCAGCGCCCCUGCUGAAUCCAUGACGGUGGCCAUCAAAGAUCUCUACUCAGUCAUGGACAAGAAGUCGGAAGCUUUCCCUCCCAUCAUUCUCCUUCAGCUCCUACACCUUGCAUUCCCACACUUUGCGGAGAAGAGUGAACAUGGCGGCUUCCAACAGCAGGAUGCUAAUGAGUGCUGGAUACAGCUUGUACGACUCUUGCAGCAGAAGUUACCCGGUGUGAAACCGGAGGACAGUGCACCGGCUGGAGCUGUGGCCAAGAAUUCAUUUGUAGAUCAGUACUUUGGUUGCGAGUUUGAAAGCAUGUUAAAAUGUGUAGAAUCGGAAGAAGAAACUCCGGUCAAAUCAAAAGAGACGUUCUAUCAACUUAGCUGCUUCAUCUCACAGGAAGUCAAAUACCUUCACACAGGACUCAAAAACAGAUUACAAGAAACCUUAGUGAAAAGCUCUCCGACACUCAACAGAGAUGCACAAUAUCUCAAAGAGUCUAAAAUCAAUAGAUUGCCAGCCUACCUUACAAUUCAGUUUGUCAGAUUCUACUACAAAGAAAAAGAAGCCAUCAGCGCUAAGAUCCUAAAGGAUAUCAAAUAUCCAAUGACCUUAGAUGUCUUUGAGCUUUGCACACCUGAGCUUCAAGAAAAGCUAGUUCCUGCCAGGGAUAAGUUUAAGGAAAUGGAGGAUAGGAACGUCGAGCUUGCACAGAAGGCAAAGGAUGCAGCCAAGUCAGGGAAGAAGGCUGCGGCGGUUGUAGCAGAACCCAAGAAGGAUGUCAAAUAUCUUCCAUAUGAUUUCCCAGAUGAUAUUGGCAGUAAUAACAGUGGUUACUAUGAGCUCCAGGCUGUGCUGACCCAUCAAGGGAGGUCAAGUUCAUCGGGUCACUAUGUUGCAUGGGUCAAGAGGAGAGGAGAUGAAUGGAUCAAAUUUGACGAUGACAAGGUGACGCCGGUCCACAGUGAGGACAUACUGAAGCUGUCGGGAGGCGGAGACUGGCACUGCGCCUACGUCGUCAUCUACGGCCCAAAACGACUGGAAGAGAUGCCGCCGGCAAAACCGGGAGAGAAAUCGGAAGAAAAAUCAGAAGAAAAAACAGAAGAUGUCCCAAUGAACUAAAGAUGAACAUGCUAUAUUGUGUAUUUCUACGUCCUUCCCUGUCCCACGUUCAACAAAGCCCAUUCUUUAUCUGUGAUGCAGUUCAACCCGUCUGUGAAAACCAC